AUCACUACUCUAUGAACUGUAAUGUCAACACUAUAUCGUACAUAACCUUGGUAUUUUCGUUGGUACCUGGCGAUAAGAAUUAAUUGUUUGGACGAGAUGAUGACUCUCUCGUUACUAUUGAAAUCAAUUUUCUGAUGUGAUUUUUUUGUCAUCACUUAUUUGAAUGUUUCUUUGUUACUACGUCAGUUCUUAAUAAAACAGUAAAACAUGUCUUCAUCAGCUGUGUACGUUCUUGAUGUAAAGGGUAAGGUGCUCAUCUCACGGAACUACCGUGGUGAUAUCGACAUGGGUGUCAUCGAGAAGUUCAUGCCUCUUCUGAUGGAGAAGGAAGAGGAAGGCAUGCUCACCCCGAUUUUGAAAACUUCCGAGUGCACGUUUGCCUACAUCAAGUACAACAACCUGUACAUUGUUUCCAUAACAAAGAAGAAUGCAAACAUUGCUCUCGUGUUUGUGUUCCUGCAUAAAAUAGUGCAGGUUAUGAUAGAGUACUUCAAAGAGCUGGAAGAAGAGAGCAUAAGAGAUAACUUUGUUGUAAUUUAUGAAUUAAUGGAUGAACUUCUUGAUUUUGGCUAUCCUCAGACAACUGACAGCAAGAUUCUUCAAGAGUAUAUAACGCAAGAGGGACACAAACUUGAAAUACAGCCAAGAAUACCUGUCGCUGUCACUAAUGCAGUUUCCUGGCGAUCGGAGGGGAUCAAGUACAGAAAAAAUGAAGUUUUUCUUGACGUCAUUGAAUCUGUGAACUUGCUGGCGAACGCGAACGGCAACGUGCUGCGCAGCGAGAUCGUGGGGGCCAUCAAGAUGCGGGUGUACCUGUCGGGCAUGCCGGAGCUGCGGCUGGGGCUCAACGACAAGGUGCUGUUCGAGAGCACGGGCCGCGGCAAGUCCAAGUCCGUGGAGCUGGAGGACGUCAAGUUCCACCAGUGCGUCCGGCUGUCCAGGUUUGAAAAUGACCGCACAAUAUCAUUUAUCCCUCCAGACGGAGAAUUUGAGCUGAUGUCAUAUCGUUUGAAUACCCACGUCAAGCCGUUGAUAUGGAUUGAGUCGGUGAUCGAGCGGCAUGUGCACAGUCGCGUGGAGUACAUGAUCAAGGCAAAGUCGCAGUUCAAGCGCAGGUCGACCGCCAACAACGUGGAGAUCGUGAUCCCCGUCCCGGCCGACGCGGACUCUCCCAAGUUCAAGACUACCGUUGGCAGCGUCAAGUACGCUCCGGAGCAGAACGCUAUCACGUGGACCAUCAAGUCCUUCCCGGGAGGCAAGGAGUACUUGAUGCGUGCUCACUUCGGCUUGCCAAGUGUCGUGGGUGAAGAUACCGAGGGCAAACCACCCAUUCAAGUGAAGUUUGAAAUUCCCUAUUUCACAACGUCUGGAAUUCAGGUGAGAUACUUGAAGAUAAUUGAGAAAAGUGGAUAUCAAGCUCUCCCGUGGGUACGAUACAUCACACAAAAUGGGGAUUACCAACUUCGGACAAACUAACAGACUUUUUUUUUAUUAAAGUGUUUAGCUGUGAUUGUGCUUGUAAAUGAAUUAAAAAUUAUGCUAUUUUAUUUAAAGUCACUUGUAAAAUAUUGUUUAAAUGCUUAGGUUACAGUGUUCAAAACACAAUAUUUUUAUUCUAAAAAUGGUAUCCGAUGGUCAGAAAAUAAAUAUGAAAAUGAAA